GUUCCCUCUUGGUUUUCAGACAGUAGCUACCAGGGACCAUGGCUGAGAGUUGGUUCUUGCUUCUUUGGGGGCUCUUCAUCCUGCUGGCAACUGCUACAGUCCAGAAACAGGAAGAUAUUAAUCAAUGUAAUACGCCUAAUAUAUGUGGGAAGAAUGAAAUUUGUAUCGAUAGAGGUGGAAGUUAUAUUUGUAGCUGUUACAGUACAUACUAUGCAAUCCAUGCAUUCUUUAGUUUUUUCAAAUCCUGUCCAGUAAAAGACACAUCAUCUUCUGGAGGCAGCAAUCAGGAGAUGGUGCCACAGAUUUCUGAAAAUAUUUCGAAUAUCUUUAAUGAUAUACAAUCCAGUGGAAACAAAAGUAUCAUUGCUCUCUCAGCCACCAUUAUACUUCAAGAGAUGGAAACAGUGGUAUUAAAUGGAGCACUGAAUCCUAACGAUGGAGUACAAGCACCAGACGAGUUUGUAGUUACUGACACACGAGUUGUUCCAGACAACAACUGCUCUGAGAGGAUCUUCACGUUGAAGGCUGGAGAAGAUGCCAUGGCCAUCCAUUGCACUGAAGUCAUCAGAGGACGCCCCAAAGGUCAAAGUGCUGUCGCUUUUCUCUCUUAUUCUACCCUGGGGCACAUCAUCAAUGGAUCUUUCUUUGAGGAGGAGAGGCAUUUGCGGAAGGCAGACAACAUUUCCCUGAACUCCCGGGUAGUGAGUGGUACCGUCGGUCACAGACAAAACAGCAGCCUCACUAGCUCUGCCAUCCUGACCUUUCAACAUCUUCGGGAAAGUUACAGCCUCGGCCAGCAGUAUACCCUCUGUGUGUACUGGAAAAGCACUGAAGAGGGGGCCGGCUGGUCCACAGAAGGUUGUUCCCUGCUGAAAACCAAUGACACUCAUACCAGCUGCAGCUGCAACCAUCUGUCCACCUUUGCUGUCUUGAUGGCUCUCACUGGCCCGGUGGAGGACCGCGUGCUGACAGUGAUCACUUAUGUGGGGCUGAGCAUCUCCCUGCUGUGUCUCUUUCUGGCUGCUCUCACCUUCCUCCUGUGCCGAACCAUCAAGGGCACCAGCACCUCUCUUCACCUACAGCUCUGCCUCUGCCUCUUCCUGGCUGACCUUCUCUUCCUCAUUGGCAUAGACCAAACAGCAAAUAAGGUCCUAUGUUCCACCAUUGCUGUGGGGUUGCAUUAUCUAUACCUGGCUGCCUUCACUUGGAUGUUCCUGGAAGGGCUGCACCUUUUCCUCACUGUCAGGAACCUCAAAGUUGCCAAUUACACCAAUGCAGGCCGGUUCAAGAAGAGAUUCAUGUACCCUUUUGGCUAUGGGAUCCCAGCUGUGAUUGUGGCUGUGUCUGCAGGGAUUGACCCCCAAGGCUAUGGGACAGUUAAGCACUGCUGGCUCACUGUUCAGAGAGGCUUCAUCUGGAGUUUUGUUGGACCAGUGAUUACUAUAAUUUUGUUUAACUUGGUCUUUUAUUUGAUAAUCCUGUGGAUUUUGAGAGACAGACUCUCCUCCCUCAACAAAGACGUGUCCACCAUACAAAACACAAGGACCCUGACCUUUAAAGCUCUUGCUCAGUUCUUCAUCCUGGGCUGCUCCUGGAGUCUUAGCUUCCUCCUGACUGAAUCUAUACGUGAGCCAGCCCGCUCAGUCAUUGCCUACACCUUCACCAUCAUCAAUUCCCUGCAGGGACUGUACAUCUUCCUGGUUCACUGUAUCCUCAAUCGCCAGGUGCGAGAAGAAUACAGGAAGUGGUUUAAGGGGAUACAGAAAAUGACUGAGACAGAUAGUAGUGAUAUACUCUCUGGUCCCACUACUCACAGCAAAGUGACCGACGAACUGGAAAAAUCUCAGGAAUUCUCUGAGAAGAGAAAAAAAAACCUAAGUUCUGAACCCGAAGAUACCCAGUGACUUAUCCCAUCCUCAAGCAUCCUACUGCUGGAUUUGGCCAUCUGAGUAAUUGGAUGCUCCCAUGUACUCAAAAUGUAGUGCAUGCUAGAUGCGUGUAUUCUUGUCGGGCAGAGAAAAAACAAUAUUUUUGGUCAGAAGCUCAUAGAGUUCUAAUAUAUGCUAAUCUAUCUCCUGAAUAUAAGCACUACAUCAUUAACUAACUUCUUCCAACUUUAGUAGGUAUUAUAAUCCCACAUAUCAAAGACAGAGCUCAUCAUAUUUUCUUCUAAAAUCAUUUCUCCUGCAGAUUUUGCUUUUUCUGUUGAGGAUCCCACCACACUGCCAGCCAAAUUGACAAUGACUCUUCCUUUCUAUCACCUUCCGUAUCCAAUGAGUCGUCAGAUCUUGCUGAUUCCACCUCCACAACAUCUCUCUCAUCUGUCUCUCUCUCUGCUCACACAAACUCUCUUGCUUGGAUGAAUUGUCUCCUAAUUACUCUCCCUCCUCCCAGUCUCUCAGCUUUCCAUUUCAUCAGCUACUGGGCUGUCCAUUUGUUGGUGCUAAAAACUCAACUCAAAUGUAAUCAUGCUAUUCCCUACUUAAAAUUCUUCUGUGGCUUCCCUUUUCCCUUUAGGAUGAGAUACCAUAUUAUUAAACAGACCCCCACAAUCUGGUUGCCACUUCAAUUUCUCAAUAGUUCAUAUCCUUCCCUUCCAUGCAUUCUCCGUUUCCAUUUGGCUUGCUACAACAGGGACUUUUAUUUUUAUAUUUGUGGAGAGCAAUCUGAAAUUAUGCCCAUAGAGUUGUUCAACUGUCUAUACCCUUUGA